AUGAUCGAGUUCAUGGACUAUGUCCAAAAUGCCUUUUACUCGGCGUCACUGUGGGAUCAUGAUAAUUCCUACAGCACCUUGACGGCCACGGCCAAUGCCCUUCUCGACUUUCAAACUCCUCGUGGCCUUCGCCUUCGCAUCUCGUCGCUGUCAGCGCCUGGCUUUGCGACGUCUUACACUCUUUCCAACAGAGGUUUUGUCGAUGGCUCCAUCUCCUUCCUCUACUCGUCCUUGCCCAUGCGCAUUCCUUCCCAAAGCAGCAUUAUAGACUUGCGGAAUUUGGUCAGAGGUUACAGACACCUACCCGAGCUACGCCGGCCUGACGAGACGUACCUGUGGGAAAUAUGGCAGGCUGGAAGGAGAAUUGACAAGAAGGACACUCUGCUCUAUGGUCGUUUGUACCUGCCUACCUCCACUCUCGAGGCCUUGUACCUGCGACGUAUAUCGCCAUCGCGCCUUCUCCGUCUGUCAUGUGUCUCCGACUCUGCUCUUCCCAACGGCGGCUCUGUCCUAGCCCAACUACAGAAUGACCAUGCCAAGUACUCAACCGAGUAUCUCUUUUCAACAGACAGCUGCUUGAUGGGCAUCCGUGGUCUGUACAACUUUGGCCUCGAUCCUCGUACCAUCCCUCGCACGAGAACUCCGAAUGGCAAUGUCGUACCCAUUGAUCCUCAAAUCGGUCGUCUGAGCGCUGGUGCAGAGUUGUAUUUUUCGCCGCUUAACAAGUCUGGCGGCGUGUCUACUGCCAUCCGCUUCACCACACUCCCUUCACAUACUGGCUUCCCAUACACCAUGGCCUUGACCAUGAAUCCUCUAAUGGGCAAUAUUUCCUCCAGCUAUGCCGUCAAGGCUGGCCACGAUGUGGCCUUGAGCUCUCGCUUCGAUUUCAACAUCUACAGCUACGAGUCUGACGUCCAACUCGGUCUCGAACUCUGGCGAAGAAAGCCUGCAGAAAUUAACAGCGACACCAUACCCAUUGAAGACAACGAGCCACCAGCACCACCGCAAGACCCAAUCACACAGGAAGUGGACAGCGUGUUUAAGGCAAGAGUCAAUCAACAUGGCAAGAUUGGUGUGCUUUGGGAAGGCCGCAUCAAAGAUCUGCUGGUCAGUAUAGGUGCGGAUCUAAAUUUGAAGAGACGAGAUAACAUCAUCGGCUCGGUUGGUUUGGAGAUUUCGUAUUCUUCUUGA